GGGGCAGGGGGAAGGCGGAAGUGCCGUGUGAGGUUGGGGUUGGUGCCGGCUGAGGGCCCCCGGCUGCUCCCCGAUGGUGUGUGGCGGCUUCCAGCCCCAGACUCUCUCGCUUCAGGUCCAGUAUGGCGGCGGCGGCGGGGGGAGCCGGGCAGGAGAAGCAGUUCGCUCCGGCCCUGCUUAGCUUCUUCAUCUACAACCCCAAGCUGGGGCCCAGAGAGGGGGAGGAGGAAAAGAAGAUUCUCUUUUAUCACCCAAAUGAAGUAGAAAAGAAUGAAAAAAUUAGAAAUGUUGGAUUAUGUGAAGCUAUAGUACAGUUCACAAGGACCUUUAGUCCAUCAAAACCCGCAAAAUCUUUGCAUACUCAGAAGAAUAGACAGUUCUUCAAUGAACCUGAAGAAAAUUUCUGGAUGGUCAUGGUAGUACGGAAUCCCGUAAUAGAAAAAUACCACAAAGAUGGAAAACCAGUCAUUGAGUAUCAAGAAGAAGAGUUACUGGACAAGGUUUACAGUUCAGUUCUACAGCAGUGCUAUUGCAUGUACAAGCUUUUUAAUGGAACAUUCCUUAAAGCCAUAGAAGAUGGAGGUGUAAGGGUUCUAAAAGAGAGAUUAGAGAAAUUCUUCCAUCGGUACUUGCAAACACUGCAUUUACAGUCAUGUGACCUGCUGGAUGUUUUUUGUGGAAUCAGCUUCUUUCCAUUGGAUAAAAUGACUUAUUUGAAAAUCCAAUCAUUUAUUAAUAGGAUGGAGGAAAGCCUGAACAUAGUCAAAUAUACUGCCUUUCUCUACAAUGAUCAGCUCAUCUGGAGUGGAUUAGAACAAGAUGAUAUGAGAAUUUUAUACAAAUAUCUCACAACAUCCCUCUUUCCAAGGCACAUAGAACCAGAGUUAGCAGGAGAGAGAUUUCUCAAUACGUGCGAAUGGCCGGGAAAUCUACAACACUAUUGGAAGUUUCUUUCUGUACCUUUUAAGAUGUUAAUGAUCCAGAAGCAAAAUGCAUUCCCAAAAUGA